AGCCCAGCAUCACCCAUGGCCCAGUUUUGGCUAACAUACCUCGACAUGGUUGGCCUGCUGCUUCAAUUCAUCCGAGCUACGCGGACAGGGAACUGGUCGCUACAUCUGGCAUGCAUAGAGAACAUGUUGCCAUGGUUCUUUGCAUACGAUCGACAGAACUACUCCAGGUACCUGUCGCUGUAUUGGCAACAAAUGCGUCAACUGCCUGCUACCAACCCUCCUGCCCACAAAGCCCUAUCAGGAGGUUGCUUCUCUGUUGCAAGGUCUACGAACAGCUUCUCGAAGGUGGCUGUUGAUCAGUGCAUUGAACAGACCAUCAACCGGCAAAGCAAGUCACAUGGAGGACUCAUUGGCUUCAGUUGCAACCCAGGUAAGGGCAAAAAUUCGUAACAACUGACCAAACUUCAAAUUAUCCAAUAGAACAUACAUGUCCACUGAUGGGGAGAUACUUCCUGAUGAUCCCACAUGCAAGAUCAAACAGUAAGCAACCAAUGUACACUAUGCAAACACAGUGCUGCCCACCUGCAUCACGAAUAGGAAAUGAUUCGACUCUAAUGUGAUCCUGAACAGUUGUGGAUUACAUGUACAUGAUGAUGUAUUUCUCCUUCCCUUUUCUGUAUAAUUGUCCUAUAAAGGAACUGUUCACCGCUGGGUGCUCACAGCUCACGAGCGAGCGGCUGUUGCAAGUGCAUGUAACGACCUCGUCAAAGCGGAGGACUAUGAUGGCACAGCACGUCCACACAAGGACAACACAGACAGCAGAAUGAAACGGGAUCAAAGCGACUAUGGGAAGCUCGAAAAGCGGUUGGCAGAGUUCAGCCAUCCGUUCCUUGGUGAAGAUUUGAUCAGCCUCUCCAGUGGGAAAGUCUGUUCUGCUCAAGCAACCUCCGAUCUCCUAUCCAGUCACACGCAGGGAAAGAGUGCAAUGAGCAAGUUCGUGGCAGACCGCUUGGAGAGUCAGGCAGUUGAUUUCUUCACACCGAUAUUACGGCUGAACCUGAAGACGUUCUCGGAAACCAAAUCUGCAGCAAAGAAGUCUUCCAAGACAACAGCGAUCGUGGCAGAUAGGAGCUUAUUCGGCCGGCUACUAGUUAUGGCUCAAUCAAGGUCAUUCGACUUGAAGGAACUCUUCCAGCAUGAGCUUGGACCAGUCCCAUGGGCCCUGGCCAACGCAGACGGAUCCCUUGUGAAGACUCCAAAGAGUAAGCGGCUGCUUGCUCUUGAGAAGAAAGUUGACCCACUGGAGUCAGUUCCGCGUGGUCCUGCCGUUAUGGUCGACGCGAUGGCAUUACUGCAGAGCUACACAUCUGCGCCACCGACAUUCGGACAGCUCAGCGAACAAGUCUUCAAGCAGCUAGUCUCCUACCUUCCAGCUACACCUCCAGCACGAGUUGACUUCAUAGCAGAUCAAUACCACACUGCGUCGAUUAAGUCGUGCGAGCGCUCAAAGCGAACGGCCUCAACUGAGCCCCUGCGAGUGGCAGUACAACGUCCAGACCAGGCUAUUCCUACUCAGUGGAAGCGGUUCAUGGCAAGCGGAGCGAAUAAGGCCGGCCUAAUCCAGUUCUUCGCUGACCAUUGGAGUUCUACACCGGAGCUCAAGGCAACAUUGGGUGUCAGUCGCAGUGUAUUCAUAACAGUGGGACAGCAGUGCUACGUGUUGCAAGAAGAAGAAGGGAAAUGGACACUUUCACGGCACCAGGCAGUGUCCAGGUUGACCAGCAAUCAUGAGGAAGCAGACACCCGGCUGAUCCUUCAUGCCGCUGAUGCUGUGCAGCAAGGAUUCCCAGAUGUUGUCAUUCGGUCGCCAGACACGGAUGUAGCCGUGAUUGCCAUUGGCUCCGCUAGCAGCAUUCCCGGUCGGCUCAUAUUCCAGACUGGCACGCAGCAACGGAGGCGGUUCAUCGACCUUACCCAGCUGUCACAGAAGCUGGGCCCCCUGGUUUCGUCUGCAAUUGUUGGACUGCAUGCUCUUACUGGGUGUGACAGUGUCAGUUCCUUUUCUGGGAAGGGAAAGACUGCUCCGCUGAAGCUGCUCCUGUCAAGCACGCGAAUGGCAGAGGCACUGGCGACACUGGGUGUCAAUGCUACAUCGGAUGACCAGCUGCUUUCUGAAUGUGAGUGGUUUGCGUGUGCCUUGUAUGGCAACCCUGGCCAGCAAGACAUCAACAGCCUGCGCUACCAAAAGUUCUGUGCGGCCACAUCCUGUGCUCCGCACAAACUACCGCCCUCACGCGACGCUCUCCAUCAACAUGUGGCCAGGGCUAACUACCAGGCCCACAUUUGGCGGAGCGCCACCACUGCGAUGCCAGAAGUACCGAGUCCAGUGGGCCAUGGCUGGCAGUCGGAGACUGACGGCACGCUUUCCAUCUCCUGGAUGCUGCAGUGCGUCGCUCCUGCUGACAUACUAAAACUGGUGAGCUGUGGGUGCAAGACAAGGCACUGCGUAAGUCAGCACUGUUCGUGCAAGAAGGCGUCCUUGGCUUGCACGGACAUCUGCUCGUGCUGCUCAUGCGCCAAUCCGUUUGGGGCCGUACUCGAACAGAACGACAGCUCCGGUGCCGCAGAUGUGGGAACAACUGCAUGUGAAGGCGACCAAAACAGUGAGAGCGAGGAAAGUACUGGUGCUGACGACUUUGAAGAGUCUGACUCCAGCUCAGAUUCUGAUGAGGAUCCAGAAAAGGAGUUUGACGACUCGCUGUAG